AUGUACCGCAAAGUACAGGUUGUGGUAAUGAACCUGUACCAGGAGCCAGGUUGUGACAGGUGUGCCCACACGUGUAAUGGGGGUGUGGUGGGGGAGUGGUGGUGGCGGGGUGUAAUCGGGGAUGCAGAGGUGUGGCUGGCGAAGAAAAAGAAAAGUAGUAGUAGUAGUCGUAGUCGUAGUAGUAGUAGUAGUAGUAGUAGUAGUAGUAGUAGUAGUAGUAGUAGUAGUAGUAGUAGUAGUAGUAAGAGUAGUAGUAGUAGUAGUAAUAGUAGUGGUAGUAGUAGUAGUAGUAGUAGUAGUAGUAGUAGUAGUAGUAGUAGUAGUAGUAGUAGUAGUAGUAGUAGUAGUAGUAGUAGUAGUAGUAGUAGUAGUAGUAGUAGUAGUGGAGGAGGAGUGGAAGAAGAAGAAGACGAAGAAGAAGAAGAAGAAGAAGAAGAAGAAGAAGAAGAAGAAGAAGAAGAAGAAGAAGAAGAAGAAGAAGAAGAAGAAGAAGAACAGGAAGAAAGUAGUAGUAGUAGUAAUAGUAGUAGUAGUAAUAGUAGUAGUAGUAGUAGUGGUAGUAGUAGUAGUAGUAGUAGUAGUAGUAGUAGUAAUAGUAGCAGCAGUAGUAGUGGCAGCAAUAGUAGUAGUGAGGCACAGAGUAGUAGUAGUAGUAGUAGUAGUAGUAGUAGUAGUAGUAGUAGUAGCUUUUCUUCUUCUUCUUCUUCCUCCUCCUUCUCCUUCUCCUCCUCCUCCUCCUCCUCCUCCUCCUCCUCCUCCUCCUCCUCCUCCUCCUCCUCCUCCUCCUCC